AAUAGCUACUUCUGGUCUAUGGGAAGGCAGCUUAAAAAUAGCAGCCUGGCUCUGUCUCUGCAAGAGCCGGGCAGGCUGUGACAGUAAGUGGAAAACACCGGCGCUCAGGCACCUAUCCGCAGGGCUGCAACCGGCGUGGGGAGGGAGGAGAGGUGUGCAAGAGAGGGAAAUGCUGCUAAAAAAAUUGCAGAGAAGGGCUUUGAUGGACUGAAUUAUUCGGCUUCGCUGUGUCUAUCCCCCUGUCUCAAGCUGAAUGGGGUCGAUUUCCUUUAAACACCCGCACGCACCCAGUGCACAAAAGGAGAGCAAAGGUCUCAAGCCAUGAAAACUCUGCAGGCUUCUGCUCCGCUUUACCUGGGGUGAGGAGGAAGCAUGUGGCCCAGAAGAGCCGGUGGCAGGUGACGGGAGAGGGUCCAACCGAGCCAGGGAGGUCCUCUGCCUGUGCAAUGCCCCGCCCUGCUGCCUACAACCCCGGCUUGCCCCCACGAGACCGCCUGGCCCCAGGCCCCGUCUGGCGAUGAACGACCCGGCCGCCAUGCUGCACGCGGAAGGGAAUGCCCUGCUGAAGGCCGUGUGGCAGGGCAAGUUCCGCCUCACUCGCCUCUUGCUGGAAGGCGGGGCCUACAUCAACGAGGGCAACGCGCAGGGCGAGACCCCGCUGAUCGCCGCCUGCCUGGCCCACUACGACGACCCGCACAACAAGCCCCGCAUGGUGCGCUACCUGCUGGAGAAUGGCGCCGAUCCCAACAUCCCCGACAAGAUGGGUAAGACGGCCCUGAUGCACGCCUGCGCCGACCGGGCCGGGCCCUCGGUGGCUUCGGUCCUGCUGGAGCACGGGGCCGACCCCAGCGCCAGGGACUACGCGGGGGCGUCCGCCCUGGUGUACGCCAUCAACCGGGGCGACCGGGAGACCUUGCAGGUGCUGCUGGACGCCUGCAAGGCCAAGGGAAAGGAGGUGAUUAUCAUCACCACCGACACGUCCCCCUCGGGCACCAAGAAGACCAAGCAGUACUUGAACUCACCCCCCUCCCCGGGCCUGGAGGAGAAGUCACCUGCCCUGUGCAUGUCGCCCUCUGACAUCGAAGUCAAGACCACCCAGUCGCCCGGGGCCAGCGAGAAGGAGGAGGCGAGGGACGUCUUCAACUUCACCAUGACCACCCGGCUGACCUGCCCCCCGCCGCCUCUUCCCAAAAGGCUGGAGGCCGAGGCCUCCGCGGAGCAGCCGUCAGUAGCCCCGCCGCCCAAGGGCCGGCCCAGGCAACUCAAGAGACUCAACUCAGAGCCAUGGGGGCUGGUGGCGCCCUCCGCCUUGGCCGCCUCCCAUCCAGAGAAGGCCCGGACGCCGGAGGAGAGGAUCACGGCUGAGAUGAACGGCUUGAGCAUCACCAAGAGGUCCGUGCUAUCACGAAGGCACAGCAUCGAGGGCCAGGAGCCCCCCGGUUUCAAGAUGUUUGCCCCCCACGGCUCUGGGGAAGAGGACCCAGGUCCGGAGGCAUCCUGGGCCGAGAAGGUUCAUUUUGGCCACCUCCACCAGCCUCUGUCACGGCGCAACACAGCCCCCGAGGCCCAGGAGAGCGGGGGCGGCCCGGCGCCCGGUCUGCGGGGCGUGGCCCACCAUAAUCUGGCCCGCAUGGAGCACUGCGAGUCAGACGCGCAUCUCUGCCCAGACUCCAUCCCCAGCUCCCCGGAUUCAGGCCGUAUCUCCCUGGAGAGAAGGAAAUACAAUGCCUCCCCCCUGACCCUGCCGGCCAGCUCCUCCCGGGAGUCCCUAGAGAGCAUCCCCAGUGCCGUGUCCCCCAUGACUGGGCGGCGUCGCUCCCCAGGGCUGCUGGAGAGGAGGGGAUCGGGGACCUUCCUCCUGGAUCACAUUGCUCACACUCGACCUGGCUUCCUGCCCCCACUCAACAUCAACCCCCACCCUCCCAUCCCUGACAUCCGGGCCAAUGGCCGGCCCCCCUCGCCCGUGCACAGGGGGCUCGUCCCCAUGGCCCUCAGCUCCCCUAAGGCAAAGAAGAAGCUGUUCAGAAGGCAUUCUAUGCAGACGGAACAGAUCAAACAGCUGGUCAAUUUCCAGAACCUGCUGGCCCAGGACGACCGGGCCACUUAAAGGGACAGAAGCCUCAACAAGGGAAAGGAGAAGAGGUCUAGAUUUAUUCUAUCCCCAUCCCAUUUGCUGCUCCUGGAGUGGGGAGGAGCUGGAGACACCCCCCAUCCCAUCUCUCCCACCCCAUCCUGGGUGGCGAGCCCAUUGUGUCUGGGUAGCUGUGUAUCCUCCGCCUUCCUGUGUAUCUAUCCUAGCGACGGGCCGCGCCCAGGGUCCAGGGAAUCUGACCAGAACAGGAGCACUCCAGUGGGCCAGGAUCCCCACACGACCAACUUCUGGAUGGCACUGGGUCCCUUCGGUGGAGGCCUGGAGGCUGCGGCCUGGCAGCAGAACGCCCCAAAGCAUUACCACCCAUGACUGUGCCACAUGGCCACAGAGCGCUGGGAAACCUGGCCUAUGCUGGGGGUGGGACGGUGACAGUUUCCAACGGCUGCUCCCACGUGCCAGUCAGGAACCAGAGGGGAGGUGCGUGGGUCCUGU